AUGUCCUCAAAAUUAGAGCGUGCUUUUUCAAACUCAGCAUUGGCAAUAAGCCAAAAGUUGGAUAAGUUCCCCAAGAUAUACAAUGUUUAUUUCAUCGCUAGCAUCUCCACCGUGGCUGGGUUAAUGUUUGGUUUUGAUAUUUCUUCAAUCUCGGCAUUCAUUGGUACAGACCCCUACAGACAUUUCUUCAACUACCCCAGCUCAACCAUCCAGGGUUUUAUAACUGCAUCAAUGGCAUUAGGUUCAUUUUUCGGAUCUAUUGCUUCUGCAUGUAUUUCAGAGCCUUUUGGAAGGAGAUUGUCGCUUUUGGUUUGUGCAUUCUUUUGGAUCGUUGGCGCUGCUAUUCAAUCAUCGUCACAGAACCGGGCACAAUUGAUCAUUGGUAGGAUUAUUGCCGGUUGGGGUGUCGGCUUUGGGUCCUCAGUAGCUCCAAUAUAUGGUGCUGAGAUAUCACCAAGAGAUAGAAGAGGUAGCAUCAAUGGAUUUUUCCAGUUGAGUUUAACUGUUGGUAUUAUGAUUAUGUUUUAUAUUUCGUAUGGAUUAGGUAAAAUCAAUGGUGUUGCUAGUUUUAGAAUCGCUUGGGGCAUUCAAAUUGUUCCUGGGUUAAUUUUGGCUAUCGGUUGUUUGUUUAUCCCAGAAUCACCCCGGUGGUUGGCAAAGCAAGGACGGUGGGGACAAGCUGAAUUUAUUGUUGCCAAAAUCCAAGCAAAGGGCAACGCAGAAGAUCCUGAAGUUUUGAUUGAAAUUGCCGAGAUUAAGGAACAGUUGUUGAUUGAAGAAGAAGCAUCAACGUCAGUUGGGUAUUCCACAUUGUUUCACAAGAAGUAUUACUUGAGAACACUUACGGCAUUGUUUUCCCAAAUUUGGCAACAAUUGACAGGCAUGAAUGUGUUGAUGUACUACAUUGUCUAUAUCUUUGAAAUGGCAGGCUAUUCUGGAAAUGCCAACUUAAUUGCUUCUUCUAUUCAGUAUGUGUUGAAUGUGGUUUGCUCCAUUCCGGCUUUGAUAUUAUUUGAUAAAUGGGGAAGACGGCCAGUUUUGAUAGUUGGGGGCAUUUUGAUGACUACUUUCCAAUUUGGAUUGGCGGGUAUUUUAGGUGCAUACGCUCAACCGUGGGCUGAUUCUGGAAAUGAUACAGUCAAUAUCAGGAUCCCCGAUAGUCAGAAAUCUGCAUCAAGAGGAGCCAUCGCAUGCUCUUACUUGUUUGUAUGCUCCUAUGCCAUGACGUGGGGUGUUGGUAUUUGGAUUUAUUGUUCUGAAGUUUGGGGCGACAACAGAAUAUCACAGAGAGGCAAUUCGUUAUCUACUGCAGCCAAUUGGAUUAUCAAUUUUGCCAUUGGAAUGUAUACUCCGUCAGGGUUCAAGAAUAUUAGUUGGAGAACUUAUAUCAUUUACGGAGUGUUUUGUGUGACAAUGUCGCUCCAUGUUUACUUUGGUUUCCCAGAAACUAGAAACAAGAGGUUGGAGGAGAUUGGUCAAAUGUGGGCUGAGAAAGUACCAGCGUGGAGAUCAGCAACUUGGCAACCAACAAUACCAAUUGCUUCUGAUUCAGAAAUUGGAGGAAAAGUAAGCCUUGAGUAUAAGGAAAAUGUAGAAGCUCAAUCAGAGAAUGUAGAAGCUCAAUCGGCAUGA